AUGUCUGCGUCUAAAUUUCUAGACAUUAAAACGGUUAUUAUUUAUACUGGAAAUGUAAUGAAACAAGCAAAUAUUAACACCUUCAAAAACGAGCUUCAAUGUUGCCUUGAAAAUACCUUAAAAAACGUACAUUCUUCGUUUCAUAUUGAUCAAGAACGCAGAAUUUUAGAAAUACCUAGCCCGUAUGAUCCGAGCUAUAAACUUAAAGAACGUAAUGAUUUUGAGAUAACAGCAAAAUUAUUUUAUCUCCCUUCAUCAUCUACCUCAUCUGAUAAUCCUUUUGCCCCCCCUCCAUCUUACAUUUCUCAAUCCCUUCACCAUCUCUUUUGUUUGCUUGGUAUUACCUAUGUAGAUAGUUUUAUUGUUUAUUUUAAUGGUUUAUUAUUUGACGAUCAAGAUCAAGACGACUCUAAUUUAGUAAUGAAUGAUUUUGAAGCAUUGGUUGAAGCUUGGAAAGAAUUGGAAUUUCAUUAUAGAAAUGAUAGAAUUAAAAAAUUGGGCGUGAGCGAAUUUACAAAAAAUAGAUUUGAGAGAUUUAUAGAUGUUGUGGAGGUUCCACCGAAAAUUGAUCAAAUAAACGUUAAAGGUUGUUGUGAUUUGCCACGCCAAAUGAUUGGUUAUGCGAAAGAGCAUGAUAUAGAACUACUAACUCAUAGAGAUCCUACUGAUAUUCUACCAUCAACAACAUUUCAAAAAGUAUUAAAAGAUACAAAGUUUCCUAUUACUUCAGAAUUGUUACCAC